CCCCGCCGUUGCUCUCUCCUCUCUUUGCAGGUACCGGCUUGCUGCGGUGCACGGGGAGCCGCCGAGGAGGGCCCCGGAGAUGUCCCGGCCAUGCCCCCGCUGAGCCUCAGACCCCUUCGCCUCCGCCCGUGGCCCCGGUGAAGAAGGGGGCACAAGGCGCCCCCCCCCCCCUUAACGGAGCAAGGUUACCGAGCAGGCGGCCCCGGCCUCGGCCCGAGCCAUGGCGGACUUCUCGCCCGCGCUGUCCCUGCGGGAAGGUGGCCCCCGCGCGGCCAGGCAGCCGGCCCUGGCUCCGGCGCCCUCGCCGCCUCCGCCACGCUCCCGAUCGGGCUCGGAGUCUGAGGAGGCCGAGCUGUCCCUUAGCCUGGCCAGCACCAAGACCCGCUCAUACGGCAGCACUGCCAGCGUGCGGGCGCCCCUGGCCGCCGUCGUCUGCGAGCGCCAAGUGCAGCACCGGGUGUGCGCUGGGGACACGCUGCAGGGCAUCGCGCUCAAGUACGGGGUCACGAUGGAGCAAAUAAAAAGGGCCAAUAAACUAUUUACCAAUGAUUGUAUUUUUCUGAAGAAAAUUCUGAAUAUCCCUAUCAUAUCAGAAAAACCUUUAUUCAAUGGGCUUAAUUUGCUCGAGUCUCCUGAAAAUGAAAUGGUGGACAGCAGCCAUCUUUCUCAAGAAGGAGAGAUAGUGGAAGCCCAAGAAGACGUUGUCUCUCCUGUUCCUCAGGACUCUGAUAUCCAGUCUAUUCAGCCUGAAGAAGUGUCUGCCAAAGAUUUUCUACAGAGACUAGAUUUGCAGAUCAAGUUGUCAACACAGGCAGCCAGAAAACUAAAAGAUAGCAGAGAUGAUGAUAGUCCCUAUGCAACAUCCCUCUACCACAGUUAAAUGGUUAAUGGACAGACUUUGAAGAAGAAACAUUUGGAUUUUAAAGAGGACAACUGAAGAUUCAGAAGGCUGCCUUUUGGAUUCUCAUUGCGGAUUUCUUAAAGUGAUGCACUGGUAAUUUCACUGACUGUAAUGGCACUGAAAUUAUUUGUCCUUUUCUGCCUUCUAUAACUUGAUAUCCUCAUUAUGGCAUGAUAAGUAAACUUAUAUCCCUGAGCUCACUCUUUUGUAGGAUGACUUGAUCUUUAGGCUGGCUUUUGUAAAUACUUAAAGCAUUAAAGACUUCCCAAUUUAAAUGGUCAAAGUCAAAAUAUAAUUUAUCUUUGGAAACUCUAAUAGAGAGUAAUUGCCCUGUUAGUGAGAAUGAAUUUGCUGUGUGUUUAUAAUAUCUGAUGUGAAAUAUAUAUAUAUAUAUAUAGAUACAUAUAUUUAGGUAUGUAUUACAUAUGCUGUAUCAUUAUGAAGAACCAAAUUUAUUCCUCUAUUUUGAAAAAUAAACUGAAAAUAAACUAUGUUUACAUACUUAAAUCUUUUAUUUUUUUAAACAAAGGAAUAACAAUAGGCUUGUUGAUAAUAAUAUUCUGAAAUGCAAUGCAAUAU